AUGGGCACACCACAUGUCUGCUUUGCGGACGAACUGCAGCAGGAGCACCACAACAACAACAACAACAAUGCGGCAGGCAGCACCAACAAAUGGCUUUUGGAGCUGGAGCACUCGACGAGCAACUCGCCAACGCCUCGCUACGAGCGCAACAUGGGCUUCUUUCAGCUGCUGAGCCGUCGGUUUGGCCUGAGGUCAAGCGAUGACCUAGUUCAUGGUGCAUGCGAUGACGCAGCUGCCGGCACAACAGCAGCGGCAGCGGCAGCAGCUGCACAGGAAGAGGACGCGCACAGUUCAUCGACCGACUCGUAUUCAUCAUCCCUGACGGCCAGCCGCGGAUUGGCCGCUGCGCGUCUGGAGCUGACGUCGUGCGCCUCCAGCGAGACCAGCAGCACCAUUGACAUCGAGGAGCAGCAACAGCAACAAAAUAUGGGCAAGCGCAAAUCGUUGAGCCGCACAAGCUUCUCACGACUGCAACGCCGGUCGACAUCGUCGCUGCGGCGCGCCUUUGAGAGCCUUGCGCUAACAUCACGUUCGCUGUCGUGCAGCGGCCCCUCCCCUCCGACACCGCCACAGCCACAGCAGCCGCCGGCGCCGCAGCCAUUGAAGUCUGCUCUGAAAUCGGCAUCGACCGUGGAGCUGCGACAGCAGCAGCAGCAUCACAGGGUGGCCUCCAAAUCGGCGAGCAGCUCGAGCGCCUGCUCGACAUCGUCCGCAUCCUCCGCAUCCGCAUCGUCGAAGAGCAAGGUGAAGCCGCCACCGCAGCGCAUACUGCGUCAGCCCGUAUCCUAUACAUAUCUAAAGGGCAUGUCCGGUCUGCCGACGCAGCGGGUGCCGCGCAGCUCGGUUUGCUGUCAGUACGCCAGACGCUAG